ACUGUCAUGGAACCUCCCCCCCAACCCCAGAUGCAGGCCAGACUGAAGCCCUGAGGCCUGCCUGUGGACAGCAGGAGAGACCAGAGAACACAGAAGAAGGGUCAGAGAGAUCCAAACCGCCAAGGGCCAAGCCUGAACCUGGGAGGGAGACCAACAGACUUCCAGGUGGCCAUGGAGGUGCCUGGAAAGAGGGGCUAAAAGCAGUUGGUGACUGUUUAGUGCAUCUGGGGACUGGCCUUACGCUGCAUCCCCACAUGUCCCAGAGGUCCCAGUCUGGACCCCAGAGCACCCAGCCAGGUUUCCUUCCAGGAGCUCCCAGUAAUACUCAAAAUGAGACCGAAGUCUCUCCACCAAUUACUUACAAGCCCCAGGUCAGAAUCCAAGACUCUCAGCCCAUUAUCAACAGUGGCCGGGUCAGCAUCCAAGAGCCCCCGCCCAUUAUCCAUAAUCGCCGGGUCAGCAUCCAAGAGCCCCCGCUCAUUAUCCAUAAUCGCCGGGCCAGCAUCCAAGGGCCCCCACCCAUUAUCAACAGUCACCGGGUCAGCAUCCAAGAACCCUUGUCCAUUAUCCACAAUCGCCGGGUCAGCAUCCAAGACCCUCCACUAGUCCACAGUCGCUGGGCCAGUAUCCAAGAUGUGCCACCCAUUAUCAACAGUUGCUGGGUCAGUACUGAGGACAUGCCAUCCACUGUGAGCGGUCAUCGGCUCAGUAUCCAAGAUACACCGUCAGUUACCUACAGUCAGCGUUUGAAGACCCAAGAUGUUCCACCAAUUUUCCAAACUCACCACUUCAGCAUCCAAAACUCUCCAUUACUUCCUCACGUCUCCCUGAACAAUGUAGAGUCCCUUAACUACAAUAGUAGUCAAGUCAGUAGCCAAGACCACCUUCCAACAAGUCAGAGUCCUUGUUUAAGUACUCAAUGCCUCACAUUGCCAAUCCGGGCCAAAGUCGAUGUCCCCCCUUCAAUUACUCACAGCCCCACGGCCAGUGUCAAAAGCACUGAUUCAAUUAUCUGGACCACCCAGGAGAGUUUCAAAGACUCUAUGGACAGCUCCCUGUACAACCCAAGUACUCUAGACGACAAUAUCCAGAGCAUACGUUCAAGCAGAUCUGCUGAGAUGGAUUCUGGCGGGUGUCAGAGAAGGAGUAAAUGCAGGUAUUCACAGUUGCCCAUGGGCUGGCGGCUGCUGCAUGGAGCCAAGAAGAUCAGCCGUCAGGUGAGCCUGGCACUGAGCCUGGCUGGCAUGGUGAUCAUCGGUCUCAUCACCCUGGGCCAGCCCUGGAUCCACUUCCAGGUUCCAUUGACAUCCCCUGGGGAUCCUGAUGGCCCCUCGACCAUCCCCAUCAACACCAUCUUCUUUGUGCAGUGCCCUGACAUCUCCUGCCUUCAUGAGUACGACCAGAAUGCUUACUUGUUGGACUUUGCCUGGGCCUUUCUCAUCCUUGCCAGUAUUGCCGGCUUCUGCCUGUGCAUCAUGCUCAUAAACAUCAUCUUCUUCACCAGCUCCAACUUACCUGUGCUGGACUUCUCCAACGUCAUCAUCAGCACCCUGACAGGCAUGGCAGUGCGAUCUAUCCCUCAGGAACCGAGGCGAGGAGUACCUUGCCCAGUGCCCAUGAUGAUACCCAACCCCCCCCCACCACAUCCCAACACCAUCCGCACCCUCACGUACAUUGCCCAUCCCAGUUCUAUCUCCCUCCAAAUCUCUGAUCAAUCCCAAUAAAAAAUAUACAAGCUUCCAACAACACAACCUCACCUCCAGCCCCAAUACCAGCCUCCAGUUCACCCGCCACCUCUCCACGUCCCCACCCCCCACUCCCAUUUUAUCUCUUUCCAAUCUCCAAACCAUCCUCACUACCGUCCCCAACCCCUUUCCAAAUCUCAGCACUCAUUCCAAACCCAACCCAACUCUAGCACCGGUGAACCUCACUCUCAAACUCAACCAAACCCCGUCCCCCACCUCACCCUCUGUCCUCACCACUCAAACUUCAACCUCUACCCAAUACCCAUUUCCAGUGCUGACCCAGCCCAAAUCCUUUCUCCACCCCCCCCACCCCCCCCCCCGCCCCCUGUCCCCGGCUCGGUGAUUUUGUUCAAGUUACUUAAUCUUUCUGAGCCUACGGUUUUCUGUAGGGUGGGGGUGAAAUUUCCUAUCGCGUGGAGAUGUAGUGAGGAUCGGAUUAGAAAAUGUUGGCACCUGAUGGAGCUAUUUAACCUUGCACAAUUCCUUACCAUGAUAAUCCUUCCACGUGACCCAAAUGUCUCAAAAUUGAUAUGCUAAUUCUAAUUGAUUAGAAUUAGUCUAGUUUUCAAUUUGCAUUGCCAAAUCACACUUUUUAGAAAAGGAGCUGGGUUGGCACAUUAAUUUGGAAAUGAAGGAUAUUACGUUCCUAUCACUUGUAAUGAUUGACCACAGCUUUUAGUUUUAUCAGGAAAACAUUUUUGGACAAUGAUAGCAAAGUCAAGAGUAGGAAACAUUCAACUCCCUAUUUCCUUGUUUGCAAAUAGUAUUUAUCCAAUUUGUCUGGUAGCUCUUCCCAACUGUUUACAUAUAAGGUACAAAGGGUAGAAAACACCUCAGUUUUAUGUCAUCUAAUAUAAGACAUUUUUCUACAAAAAAAAAAAAAAUUCUGCUCAGUCUUUUUAAUUACAUGAGAAACACCUCUUAUAUUAUUUUUCAACAACAUAAAGAAAAAAUGACCCAGGUCUUCACUACCUGAAUUUUUUUUUAAGUUGAAAUAUGCAGAAUGAGUGGGUUCCUAGUCUACUUCUUCAGAAGCCCAAAAUUAAAGACCCAAUACAAUCAUCAUCAUCAUCAUCAUCAUCAUGUCAAUUCUUGUGGGCUCACUGUGUGCCAGGAAUUGUGCCAAUCUCAACAACUCCUCACGACAGCCCAAGGAGAUGAGUCCUAUGACUCAUAUUUUUUUUUACAUACGAAGGAAGUGAGGCUCAGAGAGACGGAGUAGUUACCCUAAGGUGGGAGGGAGAGGCAGCACAAGAGCUCUGUUCUGGUUGGCCGCAAAGCCUAUGGUUUUAGACACAACCCAAUGGUCCCGAUGUGCUCUACCACGACACUAUCAAGAGCCUGCUUUCCUGCCUGCGCACAGAGGUACGGGGAGGCAAAAGACACUGGGAGAAUAUCGAGCGAGAGCCAGGCAGCCAUACAACUAUGGGCAGGGGUCUGCACACACCUGAUGCCCAGCUUCCUAACACCUGUACUCACGCAGGGGCCAGCAUGAUACUGGGUAUCCUGUUCUACCUGAUGCAGGCCCAUGGGUACCUGCAGGAAGGCAUGACCUACACUCUGGGGCUCAGCUUCUACCUGGCGUGGACCGGCAUCUUUCUCUUCCUGAUGAGUGGUCUGGGCUGGGCCGGGGUUUCCUUUCCUGUCUGAACUACAUGAACUUCUGGUCCAUCCUGGCGCUCCAGGGCAUCUGGACUUGAUGGCGCUCCAGGACACAGGGAUGACCCCACCGCUGGCCUGCUCCCACAGCUCCCUGCCAAGCACUUGACAACCCUACUCUCUAGUCCCCCACCCCCACUGAGAGUCUUGCCCUUUUCGGUCCCCUCUUAAUCCCCCACUCAGAUUAAUAAUCUGUAUAUUUAAAUAAUCUGUACCUUU